AUGACGAAAACUGCAUCGGACAUUCAGGGCGGGAUCCAUCCGGUUUGCCUGCUGGAAUCGACGGUUGCAAGCAAGUGCACGGCUCGGGUCGACGCACAGUUUUUCGACAACAUCUUACUCAAGGCCAACCUCAAGCAAGGAGGCGUCAACCACAAAAUGUGGUUCCCUACCUCUCAGAUCUUUUCCAGUUGGGGGGCCAUGGCUCUCGGCCUUGACGUCACGAACUCUCCUCCCGGUUUAGGCAGAGGGAACGUCUCUCCCAGCAUCAUCAGCAUGCGACCAUCGCGUUCCAGGAGCGGCAAAAACAAAAAAGACGUUACGGAACCACACUCCUUCCGCACUCUCCUUCAACCUCACCUCGACCGCUACGCCAAGGGACUCAACAACAAAGACCCUUCGGUCCUCAUCAUCUACCGCGACGGCGUGGCCGAAGGCCAAUACAACCAUGUCGUGCGCAGCGAGUACCAAGGGAUCCGCGAUGUGUGCACAGCCAAAUACGGCAGCCGCAACCAGGCUCUCCCCAAGAUCGCCGUCAUCGUCCUCGGCAAGCGCCACCACACACGCUUCUACCCCAGCCGCAGCGACGCGAGCCAGGCCGACCGGAACGGCAACACCCUGCCCGGCACCGUCGUCGACCGCUCCAUCACCAGCCCGUUCCUCUGA